AUGGCGGCUGUCGACAAUGCAGCGCGGUCCGCCAGAAAUGGCCGCCACCGGUCCUUCAGCUUCCAUUCUGACAGGUCGAGCAAAGGCCCCAAGCUGGUCGAGACAUCUGCGGAAAAGGAAUCGCACCGCCUCCACAGCAAGGCCGACCCCACUAUGGCCAUUACAGAAGCUGAACCAGCCGAACCUGACAAGUCCAACCCCACACGCAACCGAUGGGAACGACCUCUAGACACGAUUCGCAGCUUUGAGGCCGCCAUCGACGGUCCACAGCGAAGACCGCCAAUGGCUAUUCCUCAAUCAGAGGCGGACUGGAACAGAAGAGGGAGUUAUUACGGAAACCGAAACUAUGCGUCUAGCCGAGCCCCGAGCAUGCUUUCCGUAGGAAAUGGAAACAGGUAUCCCCAGGACAACUACUACGGAAGCCGUCCAACAUCCCACUUCGAGCCGAGACCUUCCCCGCCUGCGAGGGAUAGCUACCACGAAGCGCAGCAGUAUGGAGGAUACGGGCCUUAUAACGGCCAGGGAGGUUACAAUCCACAGGGAGGUUACAGUCCUCAGGGAAGCUACGGUCCGCAGGCAGGUUACGGUCCACAGGGUGGCUACCCUAGUGGAGGACCCAGCGGACCAUAUGGGGCCAGACAACAACGAGCGCCGAGGAUGCAGUCGGAGCCGCAGCUCAAUUACAACAACCGGAGGGAGACGAACGGCGUUUAUCCAGUUCCACAUAGAGACCGGUCUUACGAAACGGUAACGACGGCAAGUGGAGGAGGCAGCAGCGGAGACCAGGGCAGUUAUCAAACCGAUCCCAGCAGCGACAAUGGAUCUGUCGACCGAAUCUCACCUACGAAGCCGGCCCCUCCGCCUACGCAAGAUUAUGGAAUCGGCUUCAGCGGACCGGCGGCAUAUCAGCCGGCGCCAUUCCCAUUCGGCGCCGACGGAAACAACGCGGCGAUACAAAAGAAGCCUGUUCCAGGAACACUGGGCAGUACGCUACCGCCCGCGAUACCUCUAAAGGAUAAUGUGAUGACGCCUCAAGCAAAUCUCGCCCCAGCCAAACCUCAACCGGAGAAGAAGAGGAAAAGUUGGCUCUUUAGGCGGUUCAGCCGGUCGUCAUGA